AGCUAGCAACAUCUAUCUAUCCCAACUCUCCCUAGAGCUAUGGGCAACAAGACCAAUUAUUUCUUCUCCACCACUUUCAUCCUCUCCCUUCUCCUCUUAGCCACAUUCACCACAGCCUGCAGUGAACCGUGCAGACGAUCCCCAUCAUCCAAGCCAUUCUGCCCAAGGGACACUUUGAAGUUUGGUGCUUGUGUUGACAUCCUUGGACUGGGCAGUACUGUGGGUGUUGGGGGCCCCACAACAAGCCCUUGCUGUGCUCUUCUCCAAGGGCUUGCUGAUUUGGAGGUCGCAGCUUGCCUUUGCACUGCCCUUAAGGCCAAUGUGUUUGGGAUCAUCGACCUCAAUAUGUCUGUUGCUUUCAGUGUUCUUUUUAGUGCUUGCCAGAAAACUAUCCCUGAUGGCUACAAGUGCGAAUGAAUAUAAUGAAUCAACAACAUUCCUAGGCAAUAUGGUGUUUGUGUUUGUUGUAUUCACUGGUUACUGAUGAUGCAUGAUGAGUAUGUACUAUGUCUGUCAUUAUUAUUAUUUGCUUGUUGCAACAAAAUUAGUAGUGAUCUGAUCUAGCUACCUAUACUAUGUAUGUUUAAUGUUUUCCUUGUCU